AUGUCAACUGAUAAACAAACAUGUGUUACCUGUGGGCAUAUAAUUGCAAAACCUAUAGGAUAUACUACAAUUAAUUUUCGACUUUGUGUAAAUAAGAUUAAGGAUUUAGAUCAACUUAUUGAAUCCAAAAAAUAUUUCUCACAUUUCUUUGAAUCCCGAUAUGAUAGGAUUCUUUCAAAUAAUUUCUCAGAAGCUUUUGAAAAAAUGAUAGAAAAUCAUAAUCGAUCAUAUGAUAUUGAAUAUAUCAAAUUAUGGUUAUUAGAGCUUAUCAACAAUUCAUCUAGUUCCAAUAAUCCUCUUAGCAAAAAUCAAGUUUCAAGAGCAUUUACAGCUUUAGGUUUAAAAACAUUAAUAGCAAGAGAAAAGCACAGGUCUUUAGUAAUAGUUCGUGCAUCAAAGAAUGAAUUAUCAGAAAUAUUCCAAAAAAAUGGAAUUUGA